AUGGUCCACCACAUUCACAUUGCCGUCCUAGACGUCGACAUCCCGGCUCGAAAGCUAUACGAAGCCCGCGGACUGUGCAGCGCCCACUUUCGAACAAUCCUCCGCGAGACGGCAUCACGCCUGAACGAGACCUUCUUCUCCAACAGAGACCAACUCGAAGUUCAAAUCACCCCAUACGACAUCCGAGGCGGCCAUUACCCGGAACUAUACAAGCUGCGCGGACACGCAGACAACAAUGCCUCCGUGCAAUACCCGGUAGACGCAAUCCUGAUCACCGGCGGUUCGCCAGGGGUAUAUGAAAUGGAGCGAUCUCCCUGGAUGCAAAAAUUGCAGAGCUUUAUCACGACUGUUUUCAAUAAAUACCCAGAAGUCCGGAUCCUGGGCACCUGCUUCGGACACCAGCUCAUUUCGCACGCUCUAGUGCGCGACGUGAAUGACCCGGUCCGCGAUGUGUGGGUUGAGAAAUGUCCUCUGGGUCGUGAAGUUGGUAUUUACACCGUUCAGCUAGAGGAGGCGUUUACUCGAGCUUUCCCUGCUGCGCUCGGUGAGCUUCCCGGUGGACAGUUGCGCAUUCAAAUGUUUCACGGUGACCGUGUAAUGGCUGUUGAAAAGGGGACUGCUGUUACGCUGACGGACUCGCCGCCUGUUUCUCUGCCGGCGCCGUGGGUUAAUAUCGGCAGUACGCCUAUCUGUCCCAUCCAGGGACUCUACUACCCUGGUAGGGUACUGUCUGUGCAGGGCCAUUAUGAAAUGGAUGCCUUUGGCAUGACGAAGAUGUGUUUCGAGUCUGCACCCAUUAUGGGGUGGAAGGAGUCGAAGUUGGCGUUGUUCUUGGAGCAGGUUGGGGAUGAUCUUGAGGAAGGUGCGGAUGAUUCUAAGGCUUUUGCUUCUGCCGUUGUGUGUUUCUUGGCUGGAGUUGAGGAAUGA